AUGGCAGAAGGAUUUUCUAGGCCAACACGACUCUCGUUUGAAGGCAACGUGGCUGAGAAUUGGCGUCGCUUCAAACAGAACUAUGAAAUAUACAUUGUUGCUGCAGGACAUAGUCGGAAAUCAAAGAAAGAAAAGUCAUGCAUCCUCUUAAAUCUAGCUGGCGAAGAUGCGGUUGAAAGAUAUAAUUCUUUUACCUACAACGAAGAGGAAGACAAAGACGAUCCAGAAAUUCUAGCGAAGAAAUUUGAAGAAAUUUGUAUGCCGCUUAAGAAUUUAACAUUCGAAAGACAUUUAUUUCAUACAAGGAAGCAAAGUCCGUCAGAGUCGAUUAGUUCCUUUGUUACAGAUUUGAAAAACAUUGCUCGAAAGUGCGAGUUUGGUGACCUCGAGAGCGAACUUAUUAAAGAUCGUAUUGUGUGUGGGAUUAACAGUGAUGCAGUAAGAAAGAUUCUCCUUCGCGAAACAAGUUUAACUUUAGACAAAGCUCUAAACAUAUGCAGUGCAAACGAACUGUCGGAACAACGAGUAAAAGAUCUUACUAAUUAUCAAGAUGUCGAUGAACUGAAGGCUAGGAAGAAUUCGAAAACCUCAAGAGGAAGUUACACAAACUUACGUCAAACAAAAGAAGAUAAACAUCGAGGACAAAGAUUCGUAUUAAAGAACAAUUGCAGAAACUGUGGAGGAAAACAUCUUCCAAAGCAAUGCCCAGCUUUUGGAAAAAUAUGCCACAAAUGUCAUAAGAAAAACCACUUUGCUCGGGUAUGUCUAACGUCUACACAAAGGUCACAAAGAACAGUUCAUGAAGUUAGUGAUGAAAAAUUGUUUAUUGGUGCUGUUAAUGCAAUCAAACCUACGCAACAACGCACAAGCUCAAAAGUCGACUAUCGAAUGAAUAUUGAAGCUGUAGAAAAAAGCAAAGACGAGUGGUAUUCUGAACUCAAGUUUGGCAGACAUUUGGUGAACGUGAAGGUGGAUACAGGCGCAAAAUGUAAUGUGCUUUCUAAAAAAUUGUUCGACAAAGUCACAGAAGCUGAGCAACAAGUUACCAAAACAAAUACAAAGCUAAUGUCGUAUAGUGGAGAUUCAGUUCAAACCUUGGGACAAGCAGUGAUGACGUGUUCUUACAAAGACAAACGAUACAAUCUUCUUUUCUAUAUAGCGACACACGAUGUAAAGCCUAUUCUUGGUUUACCUGAUUGGGAGCGUUUGGGUAUGGUGAAAAGAAUUAAAGAUGUCAAACCUAUUUUCACUAGCGACGAUAUUCUCAAUGAAUAUGCAGAUCUCUUCGAUGGCAAACUAGGAUGUUUACCCAUUAAACAUCAUAUCAGUGUCAAUCCAAAUGUAAAAUCUACAAUUCAUCCUCCUCGACGCGUUCCAGUAGCUAUGAGAACGAAAAUUAAAGAAGAGUUAGAACGAAUGCAACAGAUGGGUGUCAUCGAUCCUGUAGAAAAACCUACGGAAUGGGUUUCGUCAAUGGUAACAGUGGAAAAACCAAACAAGUUACGAAUAUGUAUUGAUCCUGGACAUCUUAAUGAAGCCAUUCAGCGAGAACAUUACCCUCUCUUAACAAUAGAAGAAGUCGUAUCAAGACUACCUGGAGCUAAAAUUUUCUCCGUAUUCGAUGCAGCCUCUGGAUUUUGGCAGAUACCUCUAGAUAAAGAUUCCAGUUAUCUUACAACAUUCAAUACGCCUUUUGGCAGAUACAAAUUCAAUCGUCUCCCAUUUGGUAUAUCCUCAGCACCUGAAGUGUUCCAAAAAGCUAUGCACCAGCUGUUUGACAGAAUAGACGGUUGUGAAAUUAUAAUGGAUGAUAUCUUAGUAUGGGGAACAACAGAGAAAGAGCAUGAUGAAAGAAUUAUCAAAGUGCUGAAUAGAGCUCGUGAAAUCAAUCUCAAAUUAAAGAAAGAAAAAACAAAAGUUAAAGUAACAAAUGUAGAUUACAUGGGACACAAAAUAACGUCAGACGGUCUUCAAUCCGAUCCUGAAAAGAUUAAAGCAAUAUUAAACAUGCCAAUUCCUAAAGAUAAGAAAGAUCUUCAAAGAUUUCUUGGAAUGGUUCAAUAUUUGGCCAAGUUUAUUCCUUAUCUUUCAGAAAUGGCAAGUCCCCUUAGAGAUAUGUUAAAGAAGGAAAAUGAUUGGUGCUGGUUAGAUCAACAUCAAAUAGUGUAUGACAGAAUCAAGAAAUCCUGUGGAGAGCAUCCUGUAUUGCAAUUCUACGAUGUAUCAAAAGAUGUGACAUUGUCCGUAGAUGCAAGUAUGUCAGGUUUAGGAGCAGUUUGUCUUCAAAAUGGCAAACCAGUUGCUUAUGCAUCGAGAGCUUUAACUGAAUGCCAAAAGAAAUAUGCACAAAUUGAAAAAGAAUUACUUGCAAUUGUAUUUGGAUGUGAAAAAUUCCAUGAUUACAUCUAUGGCAGAGAUGUCAAUGUUGAAACAGAUCAUAAUCCCUUAGAGCAGAUUUUCAAGAAGCCCCUUCAUCAAUCUCCAUUGAGACUCCAGAAAAUGCUGCUGAAACUUCAAAAGUACAGUUUGAAAGUCUCGUUUAAGAAAGGAGCAGAACUUUAUUUCGCGGAUCAAUUAAGUCGAGCGUAUAUCCAAGAAGAAUCAGAUGAUCACUUAGAAGAUUUUGAGAUAAAUGUUGUCUUGCCAGUAAGUGAAGAGAAAAUGAAACAAUUAAAGGAAGAGACAAAGAAAGAUAAAGUAAUGAAAAUGCUACGACAGUACGUAGAAAAUGGAUGGCCAGAUCUACGCAGUAAAGUUGAUUUGGAUGUUUUAAAUUACUGGGACUUUAAAGAGACUCUUUCAGUACAAGAUGACCUACUGUUUAAAGGAGAUCGAGUAAUAAUUCCUAAGUCAUUAAGAACUGAUAUGUUGAAAGCUAUACAUCAAGGACAUUUUGGAUCUGAAUCAUGCAAACGUAGGGCUCGAGAGUGUUUAUAUUGGCCAAAGAUGAGCUUAGAAAUAGAAGCAGAAGUUAGAAAGUGUGAAAUCUGCAAUGCCCAUAAGAGUCAUCAACAAAAGGAGCCUCUACAAUCACAUACUGUACCACAUCGACCGUGGAGUAAAGUUGGAGCAGACCUGUUUGAAUUGAAUGGUAGAAGCUAUCUUCUUAUGGUAGAUUACUACAGUGGAUUCUUUGAAAUUGAUUACUUGUUAAAUACAACAUCAAAAACAGUUAUCACAAAGAUGAAAUCUCAAAUUGCGAGAUAUGGAAUUUUCGAAGAUCUUAUAACAGAUAAUGGUCCACAAUUCAGGAGUAAAGAAUUUCGUGCAUUCUCAUUACAGUAUGGAUUUAAACAUACAACAAGUUCACCAGGAUAUCCAAAAAGUAACGGCAUGUCAGAACGUGCUGUGCAGACAGCAAAAGCAAUCAUAAAGAAAGCAAAAUAUGAUAACACCGAUCCUUAUUUAGGACUCCUUAAUUAUAGAAAUACACCUAGAGAUGAAAUUGUUGGCAGUCCAGCUCAACGACUAAUGGGACGAAGAACUAGGACAUUACUACCAAUAUCAGAGAAGUUACUUGAAUUUCAACCAUUAAACCCUGUUAAUGUUCAAGAAAAAUUGGAAAUGUAUCACAAGAAACAAAAAAAGUUUUAUGAUCGAAAUGCAAAAACACUUCCACCAUUAAAAGAAGGAGAUAAGGUACGUAUAAAAACAGAAAAAGGCUUCCAAAAGAAAGGAAUCGUGGAAAAAUCGUUACUUGAGCCAAGAUCGUAUUUGGUUACGUCUGAUGGUACCUACUAUAGAAGGAAUAGAAAUCAUUUAUUAAAGAUUAAUGAAGAAUCGAGAAGUCAAGAUACAGAUAAGUCUUAUAGUGAGAACAAUAGAUCUUAUAAAAAUCGUAAUGAAAGUACUAACAACAGUAAUAUACGAACUCGGUAUGGACGUCUAAUCAAAAAACCUAAUAGAUAUUCUUAUUAG